AGCACAAAGCAGAGCCGCUCUCCCACCAGCCUGCACACACAUGCGCACACUCACACAUACCUCUCCACGCCUCACACACGCAGUCUCUCACAGACACACACACACACACGCUCAGACACUAGACACACACCUCCUCAGGGACGCCUGGGAAGCUGAAGCGAAGCUGACGAGAGGAAGGAAGGCAGGAGGAAAGAAGAGAAAGAGACCGGAGGAGAGAGGAGAAGGAUAAGCAAACGAGGGAAAAAGAUUGGUGCAGACCCUGAGAGGAAAUUAAAAGACAGUUUGGGAACACAUCAGUCAGGUUGCCAAAUUGAAGAGCUCCCUUCUGAGGCCCCCUGCUGACUGACGACAAGCACAACUCUGUUCGAGUCUGGGAACUUCAUGAGUGUGUGUACAUAACCUCCACUCCACCUCUGUGUGUGUGGCACCAUGCUGUGGACAGUGCUUCUAGCUCUGCUGGUGCUUCUGCUGCUGCAGACUCAGCUGUCUGUGUGCUUAAGGGAAUUACGCACUGGGAGUUCCAGCUCCACUGCCUACUCCUCUUCAUCAUCCUCUUCCUCCGCCUCCUACAACGCCACCCAGCAGCGGCUGCCCGGAGCUAUUAUCAUUGGCGUGCGGAAAGGCGGCACCAGAGCCCUGCUGGAGAUGCUCAACCUGCACCCAGAUGUGGAAGUUGCAAAGGCUGAGGUACACUACUUCAACGUGGAGGAGCACUACCGCCGAGGCCUGGCCUGGUACCGAGCCCAGAUGCCCUUCACCCUCCCCGGUCAGCUGACAGUGGAGAAGACCCCCGGCUACUUUGCAGCUCCUCAGGUUCCUGCACGUGUCUGGGACAUGAAUCCCGCCGUUCGCUUGUUACUCAUCGUCCGGGACCCAGCUGAGAGGCUGGUCUCUGACUACACCCAGGUCCUCCACAAUCGCCUGAGCCGCCACAAGCCCUACCAGCCGCUAGAGGAGCUCCUGCUCCACAAGGGCCACAUCGACCCUGGGUACAAAGCGCUGCAGAGGAGCCUGUACCAUCAGCAUUUGGCUCGCUGGCUGGAGGUCUUCCCCAGGGAGCAGAUCCACGUGGUGGAUGGUGAUGCGCUCAUCCGGGAUCCCUUCCCUGAGCUGAGAAAGGCAGAGAGGUUUCUGGACCUACCACCCCGGAUCAGUCCCAACAACUUCUACUACAACACCACCAAGGGCUUCUACUGCCUCCUCUCUUCCGGACACGAUAAGUGCCUGGACGAGUCUAAAGGCAGGCCGCAUGCGCCCCUGAGCACCCAGGCAUUUAAGAAGCUCUGUAGGUACUUCAGAAAGCCCAACAAGCUGUUCUUUGAAAUGGUGGGGAGGUUGUUUUCCUGGUGCUGAUCAGUGGUGAACAGCAAUUGUGGAGAUGCCAACACAUUCAGGGACUCAAGGAGGAGAAAGAAAAACUGUUGUUUGUGUGCUUUUGUAGGUAGAUGAGUGGAAAGAUUUGAGUUCUAUUAAAGUCAUAAACAUCCCUUGUGGCUGAAACCUACUCAGGUGUAAAUGUGGCCAACAAGAGCGGCACAUAUGUGUGCGAAGAUAUUUGGGGAUAUCCCAACUGCUCUUGUUAAACACGUGGCCAACAAAACUUUAACCAUGACCAUGCUGGUGCCUCCCUGUAUAAACUCAGUUGACAAAGCUACGACGACUGUGCCAUACACAAGUUUGAAACUGAAAACAACUCACUACUUGUUAGUGCUUAAUUGUGGGGUGUUAAAAGAAGACGUGCAGAUUUUCAAGUAAUGUAGAAAUAGACGUGUGAAGUGGUGAAAAGAUGGUUGAAUUGAAUAAUUGUUGCACUACGAACUCUAAACGCAUAAAAAAAAUUCAAUGUAGACAAUUUCAGUUUUUUUUCUCAACAGUUGUAACAUGUUUGUGUGUUAGUAAAAAUGUUUUAGUUGGAUCAUCCUGUUUAAAUUUAUACUUUUGUUUUUUUUUUCACCAGGCUGACAAUUAGUGAAGGUAUCUAUAUUUGAGUAGCCACAUUGAAAACUUUUGUUUUCUUUUUACCUCCAUUGUAGUACUAUGGCUGGUUUGUGUUUGUGUGUUUUUUUUAAGAUUCUCUUGUAAUAAACGUGUU